UCAUAAUUUGGGCUAAAUUUUUAGGUCACCGUACAAAAAACCGGAAAUUCGUACCGAGCAUCAUCGGAGUUUCUGUAUGUUGGUCAGAAUCCUGUGAAGUUGAACAAGGAAAAUUCUAUUGCAAAUUCAAGGGAUCCUGGGAGAAGCUGGGAAAAGUGUAGCCAUUUCAGUUCCCAACGCGAAAUCGAAGCUGAAAUUGAAGCAGAUUAGUUUGAAGAAGAUUCAUCGACAUAGCCGAUGUUCGAUUUCCAGUAAUUUGGUAUGAACAAUAUCUUUUGAGAUUCUUGUUACUGUAAUUAGUUUACUCUCCGCACCGACGAUAAAUUGGCAGCGAUUUCAUUGAUGCCGCUGCUGUAAAGAAUCUCUUUCGAUUUGCGGCGGCUCAUUUCAUGAUAUGGAAGCAGUGGCGGAGGGAUUGUGGAGGCUAGCAGAUUAUCACGAGAAGAAAGGGGAAUUAGGGAAGGCAAUAAAGUGUUUAGAAGCUAUAUGUCAGAGUUCCGUGUCGUUCUUUCCAGUCGUUGAAGUCAAGACUCGACUUCGAAUUGCUACUCUUUUACUCACCCAUUCGCACAACGUUAAUCAUGCCAAAUCUCAUCUUGAGCGUUCUCAAUUGUUAUUGAAGUCUAUUCCAUCAUGCUUUGAAUUGAAAUGCCGGGCUUAUAGCUUGUUAAGCCAGUGUUAUCAUCUCGUUGGGGCUAUUCCUCCCCAGAAACAGAUUCUUUAUAAGGGUCUUGAUCUCACCAAUUCUGCUGGCCAUGAGCUGUCAGUGAAGCUAUGGUCUUGCAACUUCAAUUCACAGCUAGCAAAUGCUUUGAUCAUUGAAGGAGACUAUCAAAAUUCGAUUGCUGCAUUGGAGUCGGGAUACAUAUUUUCAGUUGAGAUAUGCUAUCCAGAACUGCAGAUGUUUUUUGCAACUUCGAUCCUUCAUGUGCACCUUAUGCAAUGGUACGAUGAUAAUUCUGUUGAACAAGCUGUUAACAAGUGUGAUGAGGUCUGGGAAUCUAUUGAACCCGAGAAAAGACAACAGUCCGUUGGCUUAUUAUUUUACAAUGAGCUGCUGCACAUUUUUUAUCGACUUCGGAUCUGUGACUACAAGAAUGCUGCUCAACAUCUAGAUAAAUUAGAUGCUGCUAUGAAGGCUGAUUUGCAACAAACACAGUACAUAGAGGAUCUGACUAAAGAAAUGAAUGCUUUAAAUCAGAGUCUAUCCAGGUCUGAUCUACAUUAUAAAGAUAGGCUGGCUCUCACUGAAAAACAUGCUCAGGUUCGGAGUCAGCUUAGAAGUAUGACUGAACCAACUUCCGUAAGCAAAGAAUCUUUAGAACCUGGGCAGUUCGGAAACAUGAGAAGAAAGUCGAGAGACAAGCUUGAGUUGGCACCAUACCCUAUUGACGGGGAGUGGCUACCAAAAAGUGCUGUUUAUGCACUUGUGGACCUUAUGGUUGUUAUCUUUAGCCGGCCUAAAGGACUUUUCAAGGAGUGUGCAAAACGAAUUCAAUCUGGAAUGCUUACUAUCCAAGAGGAGUUGGUGAAGCUUGGGAUAACUGAUGGUAUGAGAGAAGUCAGUUUGCAACACUCUGCCAUAUGGAUGGCUGGCGUUUAUUUAAUGCUUCUUAUGCAGCUUCUUGAAAACAAAGUAGCCAUCGAGCUGACGCGUUCUGAAUUUGUUGAGGCACAAGAGGCCUUGGUACAGAUGAAGAAUUGGUUCGUGCGCUUCCCUACAAUUUUACAGGCAUGUGAGAGUAUGAUUGAGAUGCUUAGAGGCCAGUAUUCUCAUUACGUCGGUUGUUACCAUGAAGCAACCUUCCAUUAUAUUGAAGCCGCAAAGCUAUCAGAGAGCAAAUCAAUUCAAGCAAUGUGCCGAGUUUAUGCAGCUGUCUCUUAUAUCUGCAUUGGCGAUGCUGAAUCAUCUACACAGGCGCUCGACUUGAUUGGACCAGUUUACAGAAUGAUGGAUUCUUUUGUCGGUGUUCGAGAGAAAACCAGUGUUCUUUUUGCUUAUGGCCUCUUACUGAUGAAGCAACAUGAUUUACAAGAAGCAAGAAAUCGAUUGGCGAAAGGAUUACAAUUGACCCACAAUCAUUUGGGGAAUCUUCAACUCGUUGCACAAUAUUUGACGAUUCUCGGGAGCUUGGCACUUGCUCUACAUGACACUGUGCAAGCCAGAGAGAUAUUGAGAUCAUCUUUAACAUUGGCAAAGAAGCUCUAUGACAUCCCAACGCAGAUCUGGGUGCUAUCAGUUCUAACAACUUUAUACCAAGAAUUGGGUGAAAAGGGAAAUGAGAUGGAGAACGCAGAAUAUCAAUCUAAAAAGGCAGAUGAUCUGCAAAAGAGACUCGUCGAUGCUCAUUCAUCCAUUCAUCACAUCGAUUUAAUCGAAAAAGUACGGCGUGAAAUUCAGCAACUUAAGGAGGUCGAUAUGAAGCGUGCAAUAGGUGGCCCGUCGCUUGGGGUUAAUCUUGAUAUCCCAGAAUCCAUUGGGGUAUCAGUUUCAUUGCCUACUUCGUCGUUGAAGCUUAUGGAUAUGGACACAGGGAGACGUGGGAAGAGGAAACUUUAGUGUGCUUGCUUGGGACGUUCUUCCAAUUAAGCCUCUUGUUGUCAUCUUGUUGUAACAACUGUGAUUGACUUGUAAAUAUUAAAUUUAUUGCCCACUUUAAAUUA